CGAAAGACGUUGACUUUUGACGGAGGGUCGAGAAAUCCAGUUUGCUUUUGUAACAGCGUGUGGGACAGAGAGAGAGAGAGAGAGAGAGAGAGAGAGAGAGAGAAAUCUAGUGUGUGGUUUGAGUGCUGCUGCUGCUGCUGCUGCAAUGAUAGACACAAACGCUGUUGCCCUCCAUGCGAAAAGGGUUUUCUUGAAGUUUUCGACUAUGGUUGGUCGGAAUCAACUAUUGCAAAGCGGUGGCUUCCGACCGGAGCAGCUUGGCCAAAAUGCUCUUGCACAGAUUAGGAACCUUGGUUUCACAAUUUUUGUACUAGGGGUCUUGAUUUUCACUAUUAUUGCCGCGACUUAUGAACCUGAGGACCCUUUGUUUCAUCCUUCCACAAAAAUCACAACAUUCCUCACAUCGACGUCAAAUGCCACUUUUAAGUCUGAUGACACAGUUGUCAAGACUGGAGAGGACUUCAUGGCUGCAAAUCAGACAGCAUUUGCCACUUUCAUAAAUGUUACGGAUGUUGUUGAGGAUGCGACGCCUGUCACCACCACUAGUCUUGAAUGCGAGGCUGAGGUUGGUAAGCCAAUCGACUGCACAGACCAGGAGGUGUUCCAUGUGAUGAUGAAGGCUGCCAUAGAACAAUUUAUGGACAUUCACUUCUACCGGUUUGGUAAACCUGUUCGUGGAUCGGAUGAAACCUCUUGCCACAUGGCAUGGAGGUUUAGACCCAAGGAAGGAAAGGCAGCGGCAUUUUAUAAGGACUACCGGAGCUUUGAGAUUUCCAGAUCUGAGAAUUGCACUUUUAGUGUUGUUCGCAUCGGGGAAUACCAUUCUGGUGGUAAUGCCAGAAAGAGGAAGAAGAAUCACAAAGGAGAGUUUGAGAAGAAGCUCCCAACACAAGAACUGCACCCUGUCGCUCUGCCUGAAGUUGGAGAAACUGUAAACGACUCACUACCUGUGGUUGAAUCAGAGCAUUCAUUUAGCCAGGGUAGGUACUUGGUUUAUCAGGGAGGUGGCGAUAGAUGCAAGAGCAUGCAACAGUACCUGUGGAGUUUCAUGUGUGCUUUAGGUGAAGCCCAGUACUUGAAUAGGACACUUGUUAUGGAAUUGAGUCUUUGUUUGUCCUCAAUUCAUAUGUCAUCACAGCAAGAUGAAGAAGGGAAAGAUUUCAGGUUUUAUUUUGACUUUGAGCAUUUGAAAGAGUCGGCUUCCGUUUUGGACCAUGUUCAAUUUUGGACCGAUUGGACUAAAUGGCACCAGAAAGAUGGGCUGAGCCUCCAUCUUGUGGAGGACGUAAGGGUCACUCCAAUGAAGCUAGCCGGGGUUAAGGAUACUUUGAUUAUGAGGAAGUUUGGUACUGUUGAGCCAGAUAAUUACUGGUAUAGGGUAUGCGAAGGGGAGACGGAAUCAGUUGUGCAAAGGCCUUGGCAUCUGGUAUGGAAGUCUAAGCGGUUGAUGGACAUAGUUUCUGCAAUUGCGUCUAGGUUGAAUUGGGAUUUUGACUCUGUUCACAUCGUGAGAGGAGAGAAAGCGAAGAACAAGGAGCUGUGGCCUAAUCUUGAUGCGGAUACCUCUCCUGGAGCUCUUCUUUCAACUUUGUCUAGUAAGAUUGACGAUGGAAGGAACCUUUACAUUGCCACAGAUGAGGCGGACACGUCCUUCUUUGACCCUUUGAAAGACAAGUAUUCCACUCAUUUCCUUGAUGAAUAUAAGGACUUAUGGGAUCAGAACAGUGAAUGGUACGGUGAUACUAUGAAACUUAACAAUGGGGUUCCGGUUGAAUUUGAUGGGUACAUGAGGAGCUCUGUUGAUACAGAAGUGUUCUUUAGGGGGAAAAAGCAGGUUGAGACUUUCAGUGAUCUCACUAGAGAUUGCAAGGAUGGAGUUAACUCCUGCAGCUCGGCCUCCAGCUAAUCCGUAUUCUUCCAAGACUUGAAACAUUCUAUGUGGUGCUACAUUUUGGAAUCUCCUCGUGUGUCUUUAGGUAUUGUUCGUUUGCUUUUUGAGAAUUUUGAUCUUAAUUUGUAGUUUGCACUUUUAAGUAGCAUUCCCAUGUGUCCUGUACUUCUAGAGAGAAUAACAGUGUGUUGUUCUAUUAUUUGUUCUUCUGUUAAAGUAACUGCUGCUUUCGGUUUUCUUUUUGCUCGGACUCUUCUGUACCCAUUGAUAUUAGAUUACAUAAUAUGGAAUUUGUUGUAAUAAUAUUGUUAUCGAUCA